GGCGGGCGCUAUGCGUCCGCGCCGCCGACGGCUCUCAGCUCUACUUCAGCUGGGGCCGGUCGGACAGGGGCUGCGCGGACGACCGUUGCCCCCGGGGCCGCGCUCGCAGCUGCGAGUGGUGCUUGGGUUCGCAUCGGGCCAUCGCUCCGGAGUGCCCGGCGAAGCCGCGCGGCUGGGUGCCGUCGCCGCCCGUGCGUGCGCGAGCCGCCCAGCGCGGCCUUCCGGCGCCCCGCGCCAAUGGGGAGGGCGCGGCCCCGCCUCCGAAGGUCGCCAGGAUGGCGCGGGGGGCAUCGGGGGCCGCUCAGGACACGACGCCAAACUCGCGGGCUCUCCGGUCAACCCCAGUGGCGGCCGCGGCGCCGCCCCCAGGGGCGCGCCCAUCGGUGGGGCAGGCAGCCCCGGCGGCUUUGGCAACGCCUCCAGAGACAGGCCCACCGGCCCCGCCCGCCGCCAUGGCGGCCCGCUGGGCCUCCGCGGCCGCGGCGGCCGCAGCGGCGCUGGGGCUCGCGGAGGAGGCGCCCGAGACCGCCGCGGGCGCGACGCCCAGUCCGCGCCAGGCCCACUUCGAAGCGCUGUGCGAGUUCGGGGGCCCUUCGCCGGCGUGCCGCCGCGCCUCCCGCGGCGCGAACCCAGCGGGCGCGCGGGGCCAGCUGCGUCAGGAAGUCGCGGCGUGCAGGGCCGGGCUGGGGAACGCGGCCGCGGCGAUCGCUUCGGGGUCGGGCCCCCAGCGCGCGACGGGCCGAGUCAGGCUCGCCCUUCGGGGGGCCCCGUCCGAGGGCGCCAGUUUGACUGGGCUCGCUGGCUGCUGCGGGGGCGCCCGCGCGCGCCCGCCGCCGCCCCUCGCUGCCGCGGCAGCGCUGCGGGCGGAGGUGGCCUGCGCGCUCGCAGUCGGGCCCGGCGGCGAGCUCCGCCACUGCCCAGCUUCGAACGUGCGGCGGAUCGGGGAGGCGGAUCGGGAGGUCGGGAGGUGGCUGGAGGAGGGCGCCCCCACGGACAUCUCCCGCGCGGUGGUGCCGGGCGGACUGUUCCCCCUGGCUGAGUCCUCCAGCGCGUUGGGCCCCUGUGACCUUGGCGCUGGCGCCCGCGCGUUCUCGGCCAACCGCCCGUCCUGUCCGACAUGCGCGGGGAGGUGCAUGGAGGCCCUAUCCUUGGACUUGAUCCGCGGCUACCUCGGGUCGGGCUACGGUGAGACCUUCGCCGCGGCGGCAGCCGCCGAGGCCAAGUUCGGGCGCGCUUUCUCCAUUCCGCUCGGCAAUGUCCGGCGCCAGAAGCGGGGCGGGGCCUUCGAGAACAGGAUCAUGCAGGACCUGAUGGCCAAUGGGAUGAACCAGGCGUCUACGACGCGCGAGCGCGUCGCGCUGCCGAGGGGGGUCGACCCGCUUCGACAUGGCCGCGUGAUCGUCUGGCGGGCCCUGGGCUUCGGGGGAAAGGCCAACCUGCUCGUGCGCGGCAGGGUCGGGUCAUUCCUGGCCCGUUCCGCAGAGGCCGUGCUGCUGGAGUCCGAGGGCCAGCUGCAGAUCUGCGCCGACGACCCGGCGAUUACUCUCGCGGGCUCCGACGAGAGCAUUCAUUGCAAUUUGGACACGGCCCCACGGUGGUGGCUCGCUUUCGGCCUGGGGCUGGCAGGGCGCAAAGGAAUUAUCGUUUUGGGUGCCCAUGUCUGGAUCGGCAUCCUGUUCGAGUUGCGCGGCACCGUGGCCUGCAUGACCCUGCCGCCAGAGUUUUUGAAGGCGACGGCCGAAAUCGUGGGUGCGUUCUGCGGGGGGUCCGGCACGGCUCCCCUCAGUCUGGCGCGCGCGGCCGCAGGCAGGGUGUCGCGCGUUGCUCAGGUCGUGCCGGAGGCGCACCCCUUUGCUGCAGCCUUCUGGGCGGCCCUGGUGGCGGCAGAGCAG